AUGAGUGCCCAUAAGAAUGCUUUGAAGCUACUGGGAUGUUGCUUAGAAACCCGAAUCCCUAUUCUAGUUUAUGAAUUUCCAUCUGGUAGAUCUCUCAUAGAUAGAAUAUUUUCUCCUCCCAACCCAUUGUCAUGGAAAAGUAGAUUAAGAAUUGUUUAUGAUAUUGCUAAUGUAAUUGCCUAUCCCCACACUACAUUUCCUAGGUCCAUCAUUCAUACCGAUAUCAAACCCUCAAGUUGCUUUUUGGACAAUGAUUGUGCUUCCAAACUAUCCGAUUUCUCGCUUUCUAUCACUCUUUCUGAAGGUGAAAUGCAAGUGGAGGAUGAAAUUCGUGGAACUUUUGGAUACUUGGCUCCUGAGACUCUUAUCUCAGGUGUGUACACUAAGAAAAAUGAUGUUUUUAGUUUUGGCAUUCUUCUAUUAGAACUUUUGAUUGGGAAAAAGGCGCAUUCGAUAAUGCACGAGGAGAGAGCUAGUGUACAAGAUUGUGCCCAAAGCUUUGUAAACACCUACUACAUCAAUGGCGUUGUGGAUCCUAUAAUACUAGCUUAG